AUGAGUCGCGUCAGCCCAAAACAGAGAAAGCUCGCCAAGUACCGCCGCAUGGCCUGCUUGGCCAUUGCCCUCAGCCUUCCUUACAAGGGCCUUCUCAUCAACAUGUACACCGCGCUUGCCCGCUCUCGAUACAUGAAGAGACCCAAAGUAUAUGGCAACCUCCGUGAUCGUGACUGGCGAAGAACCAUCGACAAAAUCCAUGCCACGGCUAGAAAAAAUACCACCAACACGACAGAUUUUCGCCAGAGAUUCCGUCUCACGCCGAGUGAGUUCACAGGGCUCUUGGGACUCAUAGAGCACCACCCAAUUUUCCAUACAGGUGGACCUCGCAAGCAGGCGCCACCAAUGUACCAGCUCUCGGUCGCGUUGUACCGUCUGGGCCACGAUGGUAGUGGUGCAAACAUGAACGUUGUCGGCCAUACUUUUGGAGUUUCUGAGGGCACAGCGACAUUGUGGACCAAACGUGUCGUGGUUGCUAUAAUCUCCCUCGAGAAGCAGGUCAUGCGCUGGCCAGAUUCGGCUACCAGGGCCGCCCUUGUCAAGAAGUUUGCGGAGGAGGGGAUCCCUGGAGGGUGUGUGGGCGUCGUGGACGGAGUCAUGAUUCCGUUCUACCAAACCCCAGCUCGUGCAGACGCUGCUGAUUUCUUUUCCCACAAGUCCAGAUACGGCUAUUCUGUCCUAGCGGUUUGCGACGCCGAUAAACGGAUCGUGUACGCUCAAUACAAUUUCCCCGGAUCAUGCCAUGAUGCUCAAGUAUUCAACGCUUCCGGCCUCAUCCAGAACGCCGCACAGCACUUCACCCCUGGACAGUACCUCCUGGGGGACUCUGCUUUCCCUGCUGGGGACUACUGCGUGCCAAUCAUGAAGCUCCAGCGUAAUGCACCGCGCCUUGAGCCACCCGAGGCGGAAUUCAACCUCAACGCCUCAUCAAUCCGCGUACUCACUGAGCAUACCUUUGGGAUGGCUAAGCUUCGCUGGCAGUGUCUACGAGGUUUACGCGUGCGGAUGAAGAACGAGACGGACGACGCUAUCGCCACUGGCAUGAUCCGCGCGUGCUUCAUCCUUCACAACCUUUACGUCGCUACAGGAGAUUGGUACCGCCACGACAACAACCAUGACCCUUUGACUGAAGCGGAGAGACGGGAGUUGGAGCAAGAUCGGGCGCAAUGGCUCCAGAACGGGGGGGGCGGGCAAUAG